AUGGCUAUCGGGUUUUUACCAGUAAAUAUUGUUAGGAACAACUUUCUAUUGCUUUUGGAAUCUCAGGAGACAAGAGGUCUUGUCAGGAUGUAUCCCAGGCUGCAUGAUUGGCUUACGUACGUGGACCACAACUACAUCCGUGGUCCACCCCAGAUGCUCCCUGCAGCUAGGCAGUCAUUGUUGAUGUGGAAUGUGUGGGACCGUGACAUGUCAGAAAGGACAAACAAUGUGGUGGAAUGUAAAUGGCCCCCUACAAGAACCAGCCACACUGCCAGACACCCUUCCACAACCCAAGCCCAUCAAACCAAGAACAUCCAUCAAGAAAAAAAGCAGACUAUUCAGAACUCAAAGGAGAACACUGGGGAAAAUGAAAUGACACGGGCAAUAGAGAGUGAUUUAAAAUGCAUAGAACUCUCAGAGUCUGAUUUCGAUGACCAGGAAAAAAUUGACCAGAUUGUCCCGAUUGUGCCAAAUGACACUGAGUGUGAGAUCAAGGACGUCAAACUUGGUGAGAUACAAGAGCCUGAACAGCCCAAUCAACAAUCACGGUUUUAUAAUCCUAGCGAAUCUGAAAUAUCAAAACUUGAAGACAGUCGACAUGAAACUACAACAAAAACGCAAACCAAAUGGGCCAUAAAAAUUGUAACAGAAUGGUGUACAGAACAGUUGAAGAUGACUUUAGAUGAUAUGAUUUCCUCAGAAUCAUUUCCUGAACACCUCAGAGAGUUCUACGCUUCAGUUCGACAGAAAAAUGGUGACAAUUAUUCAAAGAGUGCCUUGAAUAGCAGAAUGUUAGUACAAAUGCACUCACCUUCGGCCACACCACAGCUAGAAACUUACACCCGUAACCCCUUGUAUGAAAUCCAUCAACAACCUCCAAAACCUAAGGCCACACCACAGCUAGAAAUGUAUACCCCCUUUGAAAUUCAUCAACAACCUCCAAAACCUAAGAUGCGGAGCAACGAGGAUCAUUCAAAUCGCAGUGGCCGGGCACAACAUAAUGGUUCUUGGGCAAGCAGGAUCAGGAAAAGUGAAGUUGCAAACCAGUUGAAAUCCCAUUCAGGAGGAUCCACAAGAAGUUCAACAUUGUGGCAAUCAAGGGUCAGCUCAAGAACAGAGAGCCUUAUUGUGGAUGAGAUCUCUAUGAUCUCCUCGUAUACCUGGGAAUGGCUUGCAAAAUAUGCAAAGGAAGUGAUAAACCUUACCGGGGAGUACAACUGA